AUGUUCCAUAUGGGUGAUCUGUUCCAUAUGGGUGGCGGACCCUCUUUGCAGGCAAUCAAGGCUCGUGGAAUUCUCCAUUCACAAAUUGACAUAGGGGCUGCCGCUCUUGCGCAUAAUGUUGUUUUUGAUUGCGGGACUAUUACAAAGCUAGUCGCACAUUUACAUGGACUGCGCACGGGAGAAGCAAGCAAACCAGAGAAUGAGUUGGAAGCGAUGUCCCAAAUGAUCUGCAAAUACUCGACGUUCGUCAAUCGCCCAGCUAGUAACCAAGUUGUGAUUUUGACGGGCACUACUGGUUCAUUGGGUGUAUACAUCUUGUCUCGACUGUUGGAGCUAUCCUCGAUAAAGAAGGUCGUCUGCCUUGUGCGCGCAGCUUGCGAGCGCAGUGCUCUGGAUCGAGUUCUGUCGAGUUUAUCCUCGAGGUCUUUACCUAUUGUCAACGCCUACAAGAUAGCUGCAUUCCCUUCGAACCUUGGUAGUGAAGAUCUAGGUCUUCCAUCGACUGCAAUUGACGAACUUCGUGGCUCGUUGACACAUGUGAUCCACGCAGCCUGGGCUGUAAACUUUACUCUUGGCGUGUGCAGCUAUGAGAAACAGCAUAUUAAAGGUGUUCAGAACCUUAUAAAUCUGUGUCUUUCCAGCAAGAGCUCUACUCCCGCCGAGUUUUACUUCUGUUCUUCCAUAUCUGCCGCGGCCGGCACUCCUCUUCCGGCUUAUGUCGCCGAAGGUCCUAUACCGGAGCUCGCCCAUGCUCAGAAUAUGGGAUAUGCUCAAUCCAAGCUUGUAGCGGAGAAUAUCAUUCACGCAGCUGCUCGGAAUACUGGAAUGGUUGCAAAAGUUUUGAGAGUGGGCCAGAUUGUCGGAGACACUGUCGCUGGGCGUUGGAACCCAACGGAAGCGAUUCCCCUCAUGCUACAAACCGCCAAGACGCUGGGAGCACUGCCAGCUCUUGAUGAGACACCGUCAUGGCUUCCAGUCGACGUGGUAGCGAAUGCCGUCUUAGAGCUCAGUGGUGUCAUUCCAAAUACCAAGGCCAAGUGCUUUGCUCAUGACCCUGAUGUAGUCUACCAUGUUCAGAAUUCUAGAAAUUUUCGAUGGACAGAAGACCUUCUGCCUGCUUUGCAAAAUUCUGGAUUGAAAUUUGAGAUUCUUCCCAAGAGAGCGUGGGUCCAGCGACUACGAGAAUCUGAGCAGGACCCUCAGAAAAACCCAACAAUAAAGUUGCUUGACUUUUUUGCGGAGAAGUAUGAUAACGAUGCCCCUGGUCGUUCCGGGCUGUCAUUCGCUAUGGAGAAGACGGAGUUGUGUAGCCCCUCACUCAAUGGUGGUGUUGACUUGAUUGAUAGUGGCUUGGUCAAGAAAUUUGUUAAAGCAUGGGCGCCACAGUGGUGA